GAAGCCCUGGUUUGGCCUUGGUUCCGCCUUGGGGGACUGGCCCGUGGGAACCAGUGAAGAAAUCCUGUGGCUGGUGGGUUUAAGUUUUCAUCUCUUAUCUAUCAGCGGAAUCGGCCGAGCAGACGCCUGCGAGCGCGGAAGGGAGGGAACUUCACCGCCCAAGAAAAGAGUGAGCGGGCAGGCAGCCGCGGGGCAGAACCGAACUGAUUUAAGGGUCUCUACAGGCCGGUCCGGCUUGGCGCCUCUCCCCUCGAGGCCAUGCUGCAGGCGGAGCUCCGGGCGAUUCCUAGGUGAGAGCAGCGGCUCUGCCGGGGAUUCCACCGCGGAAGAACUGGGUAGUUGCAAGGUGGGGAAGAAAGAAUGCUGACCGCACUGCUCCCCAGUAGUACCCUGAGCCGCCGCGUUUGUGGCAGCAGCAGCAGUAGCAGCAAUAGAAAGCACAGCGUGGGCCGAGGAGGCGGUUCCAGCUGGUGAAGUCGCUCCACGGCUGUUUUUCCGUAGUAUGCGAGUCGACAGAACAGCCAAAGAACAGAGACCCCAAUACCAUCUCCUUCGAGCUAUUUUCCCUUGCUACUCGGAGCUGAUUUAUGCGGAAACAUGCCUUGCACUUGUACCUGGAGGAACUGGAGACAGUGGAUUCGACCUUUAGCGGUGGUCAUUUAUCUGGUGUCCAUAGUGGUUGCGGUUCCCCUAUGCGUGUGGGAAUUACAGAAACUGGAGGUUGGAAUACACACCAAGGCUUGGUUUAUUGCUGGAAUCUUUUUGCUGUUGACUAUACCUAUCUCGCUUUGGGUGAUAUUGCAGCAUUUAGUGCAUUAUACACAACCUGAACUACAGAAACCAAUAAUAAGGAUUCUUUGGAUGGUACCCAUAUACAGUUUAGAUAGUUGGAUAGCAUUGAAAUAUCCCAGCAUUGCAAUAUAUGUGGAUACCUGCAGAGAAUGUUAUGAAGCUUAUGUCAUUUACAACUUUAUGGGAUUCCUUACCAAUUACCUAACUAACCGGUAUCCAAAUCUGGUAUUAAUCCUUGAAGCCAAAGAUCAGCAGAAACAUUUCCCUCCUUUGUGUUGCUGUCCACCAUGGACUAUGGGAGAUGUCCUUGUCCUCACGGUGAGCCAGCUGCCCCCCGCCUCUGCAGGAGACCCUCCAACACUAGCAGCCUUUAUUACAUUAUGGCCAAUUUCUUCAGAUACAUCUUCCAGUUCAUUAAUUCUCCACAGCUUUCAAAGAGUCUUGCUGUUCAGAUGCAAACUGGGUGUAUUACAAUAUACAGUUGUCAGACCAUUCACCACCAUCGUUGCUUUAAUCUGUGAGCUGCUUGGUAUAUAUGAUGAAGGGAACUUUAGCUUUUCAAAUGCUUGGACUUACUUGGUUAUAAUAAAUAAUAUGUCACAGUUGUUUGCCAUGUAUUGUCUCCUCCUGUUUUAUAAAGUACUGAAGGAAGAACUGAGUCCAAUCCAACCUGUUGGCAAAUUUCUUUGUGUAAAGCUGGUGGUUUUUGUUUCUUUUUGGCAAGCAGUAGUUAUUGCUUUGUUGGUAAAAGUUGGCGUUAUUUCUGAAAAGCAUACGUGGGAAUGGCAAACAGUAGAAGCUGUGGCCACAGGACUCCAGGACUUUAUUAUCUGUAUUGAGAUGUUCCUUGCUGCUAUUGCUCAUCACUACACUUUCUCAUAUAAACCGUAUGUCCAAGAAGCAGAAGAGGGCUCAUGCUUUGACUCCUUUCUUGCCAUGUGGGAUGUUUCAGAUAUUAGGGAUGAUAUUUCUGAACAAGUAAGGCAUGUUGGAAGGACAGUCAUGGGACAUUCUAGGAAAAAGUUUUUUCCUGAGGAUCAAGAUCAAAAUGAACACACAAGCCUGUUAUCAUCGUCAUCACAAGAUGCAAUUUCCGUUGCCUCUUCUGUGCCACCUUCACCCAUGGGUCACUAUCAAGGGUUUGGACACACUGUGACUCCCCAGACUACACCUACUACAGCUAAUGUAUCUGAUGACAUAUGUAAUGAUACUACAGGAGAGAAAAAAGACCCUUCAGAUAAGUCCGUGGCCUCCUGAACAGUGUGCAGAAGCUGUGCUACUACCACGUUAUUUCAUUACCUGGUAUCCCAUUGCUCAGGAUUUUGUGCUUGGGACAAGCCGUUAAUGAUGGAAAAUUUCAACAAAACGGCGAAAACCAGGUACAACUACUGGAUUCAUACAACUAGGUUUUGUAUAUCACAGAUAACCAGUCUAAAUAUCCUAGACUUAGACUUGACUUCUUAACACUAUAGAGUAUCACGUACUCAAAUGGAGGAAAUGACUACUAAACGUUCUUGACAUUACAGUGCUCUAUCAAGAGGAGGACGUUAAAAAAAAAAAAGUGCUUUCUACCACCGCUGCAUGAAUAUAAUGCUCUGGAAUUAGCAGAAAGUGAAUUCAGAAAUAUGAAUUAGUGGAACUUAAUCAUAAUCAUGUGCCAUAUCUGCUUACCUAACAAUUAUUUCUCUAUUUCUCAACUGGAUGUCUUUCAAUAAAUAAGAAUUUAUCAUUUA